ACUUUUCUGCAUUAUAAUUUUAAAAUAAGGGCCAUGUUAGUGAAUACUUUCUUAAUUAGCAGUUGAUGCGAAAAGAAGGAUUUAACUCUUUACAUACAAAUAUCUAUUGUAGGAUAUCCACCGUUCUAUGAUCAAGAUCAAUUUGUUACAUACAAAAAAAUAUUAUCCGGUAAAAUCGAAUUUCCACGUCACUUUGAUUACGCUGCUAAACAGUUAUUACGAAAAUUAUUAAAUGUCGAUCAACAAUCUCGAUUGGGUUCGGCAAGAGACGGUGGUGAUGAGAUUAAACGUGAACAAUGGUUUGUUGGUGUAAAUUGGUCGGAUGUAACAGAAUUAAAAUAUGAGCCACCUAUUCAACCUGUGGUCACAAGUCCUGGUGAUACAGCAAAUUUUGAUAGUUAUGACGAAACAGACUUAAAAAUGGUUCCAGUAGCAGCAAAAUAUGAAAUACAAUUAUUUAAAGAUUUUUAA